UUGGCGAAGGGGCGGGCGGUUUGGUAUUUGUUUUGCUUUACUCAUGAUUUGAGCAACAUCGUAAGGCGCUGAUGCAAAAUCCAAAAAUCAUUCGACAUAACAGAUAUACCGGAGGAGAUGUUUCUACGAAUUAUAUAACCAGGAACGGCCGAAGGAGUUUUCGAAAUUUACUCAUUUUGAGGGACGCUUUGGAGCUUUUGCAAAUACAUCUACGCAUUGAACACGAAAAGGAAUUGUCUGCUUUUCUCGUCACAAUUCUACUGUCCAUAUGAACUCGUGACCAGAGUUGUACCAGCUGCAGGGUUGUUGUUGUAAGUGAAGGCACUAUUUAGUGGAACCACUUUGUGAGAGAUCGACACAAUCAUACACCCUGAAAAUGAGUCGCAGUGCGAUUUCGGUGCCUUCCGGUGACAGUUCACGCAGUAAUAUGGAUAGUACCUUCAUACGUACCAUCGAAUGGGAUAUGAUGAACAAGGCCAAAUUCUUUCCACUCUCCAUGUUGAGUUCAUUCUCUGUCCGCUGCUGCCUAUUUCCGUUAACAGUGAUAAAAACACAGCUUCAGGUGCAACACAAAAGCGAUGUGUACAAGGGUAUGUUUGAUUGUGCCUAUAAAAUUUACCGUUCUGAAGGCAUUCCCGGUUUGUAUCGCGGUUUCUGGAUAUCCUCUGUUCAAAUUGUUUCCGGCGUUUUUUACAUCAGCACCUAUGAGGGGGUGCGGCAUAUAUUGAAAGACCUAGGAGCUAGUCACAAUGUCAAAGCCCUUGUAGGUGGAGGUUGUGCGUCUUUAGUCGGGCAAACAAUCAUUGUACCUUUCGAUGUAAUCUCCCAACAUGCCAUGGUCUUGGGUAUGGCUCAACAUGCCGGUAAUGCAAAAGCCGAUUUAAAUCCACUUGGCAUUGACACAGGUCCAGGACGAAGCCGCAUUAACAUAUCCGUCGACAUUGCAAAGGAGAUAAUGAGGAGAGAUGGAUUUCGAGGAUUUUACCGGGGGUAUACGGCCAGUUUAAUGGCCUAUGUUCCGAAUUCGGCAAUGUGGUGGGCUUUUUAUCACUUGUAUCAGGAUGAACUAUGUCGAAUAUGUCCUCCUUGGGUGUCACAUCUUCUAAUUCAAUGCGUUGCUGGCAGCUUGGGUGGAUUCACAACAACGAUACUCACCAAUCCAUUAGAUAUAGUUAGAGCAAGAUUACAGGUGCAACGUCUCGAAAGUAUGAGAGUAGCUUUCCGAGAACUGUGGCGGGAAGAAGGACUAAAUUGUUUCUUCAAAGGAUUGUCAGCCCGUUUAGUUCAGUCGGCUGCCUUCUCCUUUAGCAUAAUUUUAGGCUACGAAACUAUUAAACGCAUUGCAGUGGAUGAACGUUAUAAACACCAAAUACGUUGGUAAAAACUCUAGAGCCCAACGAGAGAACUAUAAACUACAGGUCCGGACCCACCAACUUAGCCUGGAAUGCACAAAUCAACAGACGAUAAAUGAAUAACCCAUGUUAAUAAUUAAUCAGCAGAAUACGGAAUGCAUUUAAAGAUAUACAAAAAGAAAAAAAUUUUACCAGAAUGCAACAAAAGAAACAAAACGCUACAAAAUAUCUGUUCAUAUGGGGUAACGACAAAGUUCUCCAGUGUGAAUUUCCCUUUGCUGUUUUAAAUAGUGUCAAUGGAACAAAGCUCACCAAAGAGGUUAAUUGGUAAAAUAUAAAAAAACAACAACAAAAAUGUAAACAAAUACAACUGGAAUCCAAUCAUUGCUAAUUUCAUCCAUUUCCUUUUAUAAAUAACUUUAGCUUUAGGCACGAUGGUGACGAUGAUGAAUGAACACAUCUUGUGACACACAAAAAAGAAACUUUUGAAUGUUUUUUAAUUUUUUAUUUUUGUAAAUAACUAAAUGUUGAUCAUUUCUAUCUAACUAUAAAAGAGAAACCAAUACACAUGCAUACUGCAUAGCUUUAUUAUACACAUCUUUAUAUUUAUUAGUUUAUUGUCAGCUUUAUGUAGCCAAUUAUACUAGAAUGACGCUAAAACAAGGGCCAAAAAUCCUUAUUAUUUAUUUGGACAUUUCUUUUAUAAUUAUUAUUAUUGUUAUAUUGUUAAGUUUAAAGGCAGAAUGCGUCUACCAAUCCUUUUUCAAUGGCUCAAGUGUUUUGUAAACAAUUUUACUUUAUUUGUUGCUAUACCAAAACCCCACACUAUGCAUACUCUCAUAACCUACCUACAUACAUACAUACAUUUAUCUCUUAGAUUAUUUGUUACAUGAGAAGUGAUGCAAAAUUUUGAAAAUUUUGUAAUUAUUGUUAACCUUAAGUCAAUGUACUAUAAUAAAAUAGAUGCGAUAAUAAUAAUAAUAAUAAUAUUAUAACAUUUAUGUAGAUUUUCCGUUUAGACAAAUUGAAGUGAAAUGAAAAUAAAACAAUUACAAAAUAUGUACAAUAAUUUAUUAAAGCAAAAAA